AUGAUUCAAUCCUGACCGACUGGUUCAGUUCUUCUGGGUCAUCCACUAAAGUAAACGGUGUGCUAGUCAACCCUCCUGAAAAUGAAAUUCAUCACCCUAAGGACCCUACUUGUCCAAUGGGUCUUGUUUCUCUCUAUGACAAUAAAUUGGACGUUCGGAUCGUCUGGCCCAAUUAGCUACACUGGUUCCCCAAUAUUUCCAAGAUUUACCGAGCAGUUUGACCCUUCGUUGUUAGAAAUGGAGGUUAAUGAAGAAGAACUUCCAUCUGCACGAUUCCGACUUCCAAACCAAAUUAUCCCACAACAUUAUAAACUCCAAAUCCGACCCAUCCUUCAGGGAGACCCGAUGGUUCAAAACUUCACUGCUCCAGGAACUGUACAAAUUACGGUUCAAUGCAGGCAAGCCACAAGAGAGUUGGUUUUGCAUGCUGCCGAACUCGUCAUAAAUAGCUUGUCCAUUCGGGUUUGGCGAACUAGUAGCCCAACAGAGCAACUAAUCAUUACGGAUCAGAUUUCGAAUGCUACGCUUGAAACCUUCACGAUUGUGGUUCAGGACAAUCUUGUUGUCGGAGAGAGAUACGACAUUUAUAUCGAAUACGUAGCCACCGUUGCAAACCCAGAUAUUGAAACGCCCGGGGGUCGAAUGAACGGAGUCUAUUGGAGCUCUUAUCAAACAGAGACUGGUGACAAGAGAUACUUGGCUACUACCCAAUUCAGUAGAACUAGAGCUUUUAGAAAAACGCUUCCCUCAUUUGACGAGCCCAGCCAGAAAGCGACGUUUGAGAUAAUUGUGGGUCGGGAGGACAGCUAUCACUCACUUUCCAACAUGAAUCUACUUCGGUCUGAACCCAUUGCUGAAUUACAAGGAUGGACGUGGGAUUUUUACAACACUACACCAGUUAUGCCACCUACAAUUAUCGCGUUUAUCGUAUCUGAUUUUGAUUUUGAGGAUGCGACCGAAGGUUUGUUCGAAAAACCUGUCAAAAUUUGGGGUCCUCCAGCCGAGAUUCAAGGUAAUGGUGCAGUGUUUGCGGCAAACGCGGCAGCCGAGACCUUAAACUAUUUUCAAGAAUAUUUUGGAAUCCAGUACGAAUUACCAAAAAUUGAUUCCGCGGCGAUUCCCGACUUUGCGGCUGGCGCAAUGGAGAACUGGGGUCUUAAUACAUAUCGCGUAAUGUACCUUAUUUGGAAAGAGGGAAUUAAUACCGUUGCCGAAAAAUUCCGUAUAGCUAACAUCUUAGGUCACGAAUUAGCACAUCAAUAUUGGGGAAAUCUCGUAACACAUGCGUGGUGGAAUGAUUGGUGGUUGACGGAAGGAUUUGCUAGCUAUUUCGAAUACCGGUCGGUGGAUGCUGUGUUUGUAAAUGGGUACGAAGCAAUAGAUCGUCUCGUGACCUCGGACAUCCAACCUGCCAUGGCAUUUGAUUCUGGUCCUGAUUCGGUCCCAAUUCAUGGUGUCAAUUCAACCCAUUUUGUCGAAAAUCCUUCAACAAUUAAUUAUUCAAAAGGUGCUGCGUUAGUGAACUUAAUGAGAAGCUUCAUGACCGAACAAGUUUUCAAAAUGGCUUGCAACUACUAUUUGAGAAAUAGAGCAUAUUUGGCUGUCCAUCAAGAUGCAUUAUUUACCGAUUUUAAUACUUAUUUGGCCACCAACAACUUAUUACCAUCGAACAAUAAAACGAUUAAUGAAAUAAUGGAGACGUGGACCACGCAAACUAGUUUCCCAUUGGUGAAAGUAUCACGAGCUGGACCCAACCACAUUUUCGUUUCGCAGGAACGUUUUGAAAAUGUGGAAGUGAAAGGACAACAACCCCAAACCGGUCUUUGGCACGUACCAAUUUUUUACACCACUGCAGAUAACCCUACUUUUGAUUCGGACAACAAUCUCCCGAAAUUCUGGAUAGACAAAGAAGUCCUUGUUAUGAUGCAUGCCGUUGACACCAGUAAAUGGAUCCUGGUAAAUCCAGGAGGCAAUGGGUAUUACAGAGUAAUUUACGACACCCACUUGGAAACAUUAUUACAAACUGAACUGGACACUACCAUCAUAAAUAUUCCAGUCGGAAGCCGUAGCAUGAUCGUAGACGAUUAUUUUACUGCCGCAUAUCAAGGAUACAUUCCAAUCACAAGAGCAUUGGCCAUGACGUCAUUUCUAUCAAGGGAGACAAAUUUCAAUGUUUGGGUACCAUUCCAGAAACAUUUUCGUCGAGGGUACGAAUUAUUUUCAAAUGAAUCACAAGCAUUCGACACCUUUCAGACUUAUAUUCUACAAACUAUGCAAACCGCAUUGGACAAUGUUGGAUUUACCCAAAUUCCUUCGGAGCUCCCAAUGACAACAAUUUCCAGAGUACAAUUGUUUGAUUGGGCUUGUCCACUGUUCCACAAUGGAUGUGUUGAUGAAGCAAAUAGGCUUCUAAGUCUUUGGCAGUCUAAUCCAACAAAUAAUCCAAUUCCUGUGGACAUUCGGCCAUCAAUUUACUGUGCAGCAACAAAUGACAACGGGAACUGGGAUUUUUUAUGGCAACAGUACAUGAACACCAAUAGGGACCCCUUGAUCCGAAAUUCCCUGGCAUGCACACCACACUUGAAUAAGCUUACUGAAUUGUUGACAAAAGUAAAAACGGAAGACCUUGGGACCGUUGACGUUAUUGGAAUUUUAGUACGUGCCGCAGCCAACCGCAUCAUACAACCGACUCUCUUGGACGAGUUGUUGGUGGAAUUCGAUACUCUGAUCCAACCAGAUAAGUUGGGACCAACAGGAUAUGCUGACGUCUUUGCAGCAAUUUGCACACAUACCUAUAACCUCACCGUACAAGAAAGGAUACAAACCUGGGUAUCGCUACCCCCACAGGGACCUGUAUUGACUCCCGUAAUGGGUAGAGUUGAAACCUCCUUAGCUCUUAUCGACUCAAAUAAGCAGUGGGUCGAUAACUUUGGGUCUCCAAUUUUACAAUGGAUGACGACCCAGAUACCUCCACUUCCAACUCCAGAAACGAAAUAUGCUUUCAAAUUUAUUAAAUCAACAUAAUCAUUGUUCGCUUAUUUUUGUUCUAAAAAAAGUUACGAAAAUCAUAAAUAAUUAAAUAUAUUUGAAUAUAUCAUGAAAA